CGCGCUCGAGCUGUCUGAGCAGGUGAACCACUCGGUCCCGUCCGGCCAUCUCUGCGGGGAGUCCUGAGGCGAAGAUCCGCGCGAGCUGCCGACCGAGAUUAAAGUAUAGUGACGUCAAGCUCACGACGGCACCCCAAUCACCGCUUCCGGCUCCGCUUUUCAAAAUAAAGGUUGCAGCGAGGAGCGGAGAUGAAGCUCAACGUGUUGCUGUGGGUCGUGGCUCUGCUCGGCGCCGUCCUGCCUCGUCCCACCGACUGUCGACCCGCCGACGCCCCCGCCGCUCGUCGCCUGCGCCUCCCCCGCCCACUGCUGCUCCACCUGGGGGAGGAGCUCUCCCUGCAGCUGAGCGGAGCUGGAGGGUUCUCCUCUGACCUCCUCUCCUCCCCUUCAUCCUCCUCAGCAGUGAACCGGGCUCUGCUGCAGCUCACACAGCGCCUCCUGCAGGCCCGGGAGGAGCAGCAGGACGAGGAGGAGGAGGAGGAGGAGGAGGCCGGGGAGAAGGGGAAGAGGUCCGAGGAGCCUCCCAUCUCUCUGGAUCUGACCUUCCACCUCCUCAGGGAGGUGCUGGAGAUGGCCCGCGCCGAGCAGAUCGCCCAGCAGGCCGACAGCAACCGCAAGAUGAUGGACACCUUUGGAAAAUGACUCGCUGCUGCAGACCGCCCACUUCCUGUCCACAAACCACCCACUUCCUGUC